UUCUCCAACCGAGCCGACCCGGACCGGUUUUCCGGUCCAAUCUACUUUUCUGAAUCGGUUCGUUUCAUUGUUCGUUUUUGCUCAAUGAAACUGAUACGUUUGGUGUAUCAGUGAGAUCUAUCUCCGAUUCAAUGGCUUCUACCUACCGUGAUCGUACGUCGGAGUUCCGAUCACUGACGGAGACUCUAAAGAAGACUGGUGGCGGAGGAGAAGCCACCGCACCGCCGAAUCAACAACCGUCUACAUCUCAAGGUUCCUAUUCAAGAUCUGAAUUCAACCGAAAGGCGUCACAAAUCGGAUUAGGAAUCCACGAAACCUCACAGAAAAUCGCAAGGCUCGCUAAGCUGGCGAAGAAAUCGUCUCUGUUUAAUGAUCCGAUUAUAGAGAUUCAAGAACUGACUGCAUUGAUUAAGACUGAUAUAACGACGUUGAAUUCAGCUGUUUUGAAUUUGCAAAAUAUUCAGAAAUUUGAUUCGGCUGAUGAGAAUUACUCAGAAGAUAGGGUUGUGCAUUCUAAUGCUGUUUGCAAUGACUUGAAGAAUAAGCUCAUGGGAGCUACAAAGCAUCUUCAAGAUGUUUUAACUACAAGGACAGAGAACAUCAAGGCUCAUGAGAAUAGGAAGCAGAUAUUUUCCAAGAACCCUUUACAGCAUCAGCCAAAGCAAACUACUGAGCCGCCACCUUGGUCAAAUUCAACAAAUGCAUUUGAAACUGAGAGUUUGCUACAAACACCAGGACCACCAUCAAAUGGAGUUCCUCCAGCUGGCAAUCAGCUAAGGCGAAGGUUAGCCGUGGACAACAAUCCAUCCCAGCAAAUGGAGAUGUCUUUGGUACAACAGGUUGUUCCUCGGCAUGAAGAAUAUGCCCAAAGUCGAUCAACUGCUCUGCACAAUGUGGAAUCUACUAUUACUGAACUUAGUGGAAUCUUCUCUCAUUUGGCUACGAUGGUUGCCCAUCAAGGAGAGCUAGCUAUCAGGAUUGAUGACAACAUGGAUGAGUCAUUGGCAAAUGUUGAAGGAGCCCGCAGUUCUUUAUUGAGGCAUCUCAACCAAAUAUCAUCAAAUAGAUGGCUUAUGAUCAAAAUAUUUGCCAUUUUGAUAUUCUUUCUGAUGAUCUUCAUAUUCUUUGUGGCCUAAUGUACCAAUCAAGGAAGUUUUUUUGUUUUUUGUUUUUCACAACUUAUUUGGACUCAUCUUCAUCCUUCUGUGGCUUGCUGCCAAAGCAACUAAAUGAUGAGAUGUACAUAUGAGAUAUGUAUCCUAUUUGCAAGUAGGUUUGGUUCAAUGAUCAGUAAACUUUUUGGUUCAUGUAUUCUGUUAUUUGGCAUCACUAUUAAAAAUGUUGUGGCAGGUAGGCCCCCAAGAUUUUUAGGAGUUUGAAUACAGAUUUAAGUUAGAAAUAUCAGUUUGCAUAUAGAUGAAUCAUCACAAUACCGUUAUGGAGGUGGGGCAUAAGAUGCGAAGAGCCAAAGAAAGGGCGCAUCUAUCAUAUCAGUUUCCACAUUCUUUUCAAGUUACCAUGUUAACAUAAUAGUAGUUUGUUUAGCUGUGUGUAUAACAUAAGAACCUUGCGGAUACUGUAAUAUCAAAAGUUGAUUUUUUUUUUCUCUAAAAGUAUUGAUGUAUAACUAUUUUUUAAUUGAACAUUCUUUUUGUUAUUGAUUGAUAUUUUGAAGAUA